CACUCAUUGUAUUCUAACCUGCCUAGUAUACAAAACUUCAAAUGGCAUUCAACUGUCUGGGAUCGACCAGAACAGCCUCGACGAUCAACUGCUCAUUCCCAUGAAUCAAGAUGCAACCUUGGAAACAAUGGGUAAUGAAUAUAUCCGUUUUGAAAAUAUCUAUAGUGGAAACAGGCAGCCAGAUGCGUUUAUGUUUCAUGCUGCGUGCUGGGACCUUUUCAUGAAGCAUUUUGUCUCUGGGGAGCUCAAAAUCGAUCGGCUGUUUCAAUUUUGCACGGCAGAUACAGAUUGGGCGCAUGGCGAUGGUCUGCUACAUGGUCUGUAUUCCAUGGAAUUGGCUAACGGUGUAUAGAGGAUGAAACUCCCCUGGAUAAAAUGGACCUGACAAAGGUACCAACUCAUAGACAGUUGACGAGGAACGCGAAAAGACGCCCAGUGAAUAGAAGGACAUGUUAUGUGGUCGAAAUGCAACCGACUGUUUCCAUGGGCUUCCACCAGAAAUCAGGCACGACAUAGUAGUCUUGUUAGCGACAGCCGACUUUCUCAAUUUGCGCUUUGCCUCUCGGGCGAUGGCUAUCGUCUUUGAUAGUAACAGCUUUUGGAAAACAAAGUUCCGCGUGAAUGGAGAGCUCGGAUUCCUAAGCUACCUGUUACAAACCCAGAAUGGCAAUCAAAAAGAGACGAGAUAUAAUCUGCGGACUGGCAACUGAUCUACC